CCCGGAUGUGAGCGGCGGGCGAUGCGGCUGCCCGGGCGGGAUGCGAUCGGCCGCGGCUCGGCGGGGGAGGCCGCGCUGCUGAGCCGGAGGAGGCGGCGGGCGCUGCUCUAAACUUGGACCAAGUUGGGGAACGGGCGGCCCCGCGCUCCCCCGAGGGGGGAGUCGCCUGGGUGUUUUUUUUUUUUUCGGGAUUUGGGUUUUUUGGUUUUGGUUUUUUUUUAAAGGAAGGACAAGGAGGGGGCAAGUCCCCGAGAGCCGCGGCGCUGCGAGCCCGUCACCAUGUGUCUGUAAAAACAAUAGGGCAAAAGUUGUCGGACCUUCUUUUUUUCCUUUUUCUUUUUUCUUUUUUCUUUUUUUUUCCUUGGUUUUGAAUUUUUCAAUUUUUUAAAUCUAAUUUAUAUGAUUUUUGUGGCCGGUGGCCGGGCCCCCCAAAUCCCAACAAAGCCAGGUGUAGUGUGCCUGUAAAGCUGUGGAAUAACCCGGAGCAGGACUGACACUUUCCCUACUUUUUGGUGGUUUUGGAGGGUCACAUACGUGUGAGACAAUAAAGCACUUUGGCAGAAGAUUCCUCUCUUUUGAUUUUGAUUAUUUUUAUUCGUUUUUCUUUUUUUCCUUUUUUUUCCCCCCUUGGAAUAUUGUGAACAUAUUUGUGGCCAUUUAAGGUUUGUGUGAUUUUGCUAAAAUGCAUCACCAACAGCGAAUGGCUGCCUUAGGGACGGACAAAGAACUGAGUGAUUUACUGGAUUUCAGUGCGAUGUUUUCACCUCCUGUGAGCAGCGGGAAAAAUGGACCAACUUCCUUGGCAAGUGGACAUUUUACUGGCUCAAAUGUAGAAGACAGAACUAGCUCAGGGUCCUGGGGGAAUGCAGGACAUCCGAGUCCAUCCCGGAACUAUGGAGAUGGGACUCACUAUGACCACAUGGCGAGCAGAGACCUCGGCUCACAUGACAAUCUCUCUCCUCCCUUUGUCAAUUCCAGAAUACAAAGUAAAACAGAACGAGGCUCCUACUCCUCCUAUGGCCGGGAUUCCAACCUGCAGGGCUGCCACCAGCUUUUUCCAGAGGAAAAAGUCGGGAUGAGGAAGCCAAAACUCCGUGGGCAGAGCCUGCUGGGAGGGGACAUGGAGCUGGCCACGCCCGGGGCGCUGUCCCCCAGCAAGCCGGGAUCCCAGUUCUACCAGUACGGGGGCAGCGCGCGCCGGAGACCCCUGCACGGCUCCUCCAUGGAAGUUCAGACAAAGAAAGUUCGGAAGGUGCCUCCGGGUUUGCCGUCCUCUGUUUACGCUCCGUCCGCCAGCACGGCCGAGUUCAGCCGCGACUCUCCCGGCUUCCCCGGCUCCAAAGGCGUCGCCAGCACUUUCCCCUCCUCCUUCUUCAUGCAAGAUGGGCACCACAGCAGCGACCCCUGGAGCUCCUCCAGCGGGAUGAGCCAGGCCGGUUACUCGGCCAUGUUGGGAAAUUCUUCUCAUUCCCACCUGGGCCAGGCCGGCAGCUACUGCAGCCUGCACCCCCACGACAGACUGGUGAGAAACCCCCCAAAAAAUGCCCCAAAACCAUCCCAUAAUAUCCCCAAAAUAGCCUGAAAAAAUUGCCCAAAA